CAGCUGCCGGGACAGAGCACCCAGCCAGCCCACGCCUGAUCUUCUUGUCUCCUUCAGAACGCCAUGGGGCUCAGCGACGCGGAGUGGCAGUUGGUUCUGAAUGUCUGGGGGAAGGUGGAGGCUGACCUUGCCGGCCACGGGCAGGAAAUCCUCAUCAGGCUCUUCCAUACUCACCCUGAGACGCUGGAGAAAUUCGACAAGUUCAAACACCUGAAGUCGGAGGACGAGAUGAAGGCGUCCGAGGACCUGAAGAAGCACGGGAACACGGUGCUCACCGCGCUCGGGGCCAUCCUCAAGAAGAAGGGGCACCACGAGGCGGAGAUCAAGCCCCUGGCCCAGUCACACGCCACCAAGCACAAGAUCCCCGUCAAGUACCUGGAGUUCAUCUCGGAGGCCAUCAUCCACGUCCUGCACAGCAAGCACCCCGGGGACUUCGGCGCCGACGCCCAGGCAGCCAUGAGCAAGGCCCUGGAGCUGUUCCGGAACGACAUCGCGGCCAAGUACAAGGAGCUGGGCUUCCAGGGCUAGGGGGCUAGGCCCCGCCGGCCCCGCCCCACGCUCACGUAGCUCCGUAGCCUGCGCUUUGAGUGGCUGCUUCGUUUAGGACGGGCUGGGGGUGGGGGCUCCCUGGGGCACACGUGGCCUGUUGUGCGCUGUGACCUGUGCAGUUUGGAUGGCACCCAAUUCUCCUGUCCUCUCCCUCCGCACCCGAUUCCUGCCGUCUUCAGAUCGACCCACACUUUGCCCCUCGGCUUUCACUGCCAGUCCACGCAGUAACCAAGCCUCCCACGCGGCCUCUCGCGCCCCCCACCCACCGCCCGCAGACCGCGGGACUGCCCUCGGCCAGCUGGAGGCCUGGGCCCAGCCCGGGACGCGGCACAUCCAGCUCCCUGGAUGUGCGUGUGCCUUCGCAGAUGCUGGGCCACCCGCCUGGAUUAAUAAAAGGCCCUGCAGUUUC